GCGGAGAGGCACCUCGCUGACAGGAUCGGAAGACGCCGUCAAACGAUUGCUUGCUUGUGUCACUCGUUUCCACCCUCUUGCAGUUUGCACGUCCACGGAAGACAUCUGUUUGCUGCAGGCAUCACAGUUGUUUGCACUCGGAAUAUUGCGGAAAAGCCCCAUAUCAGGUCCCGUUCACCCCUGGUUCGAACCGGAAGGCUCCUUCGGAGUCCUGCCAUUCGGAAAUGCGAGAGGAAAUCCGGGUGUUACUGGUUGGAGAUGAGGGAGUCGGAAAGAGUACCCUGAUCACAUCUCUUAUAAAGGAGACUUUUGUGUACCAUAUUCAACAUGUGGUGCCAGAGGUGACCAUCCCGCCAGAGUGGACGCGGGAGCGAGUGACGACCCGAAUCGUGGACUCAUCUUCGCGGCCAGAGAACCGGGAACAGCUGGAUAUCGAAGUUCGGAAGGCGGACGUGAUCUGCAUUGUGUAUGCAGCGGACAGGCACGAUACUUUUGCACGAGUAGCAGACUUUUGGCUACCACACCUGCGGAAAUUGGGAAGAAAUGUUCCAGUUGUUCUUGUCGGGAAUAAGAUCGACUUGAGGGGCUCAGGCGAUUUCAGCAACGACGGGUUGGAAGAUCAAGUCACACCGAUCAUGAACGAAUUCAAGGAGGUGGAGACAUGCGUGGAGUGUUCGGCGAAACAACCGCUGAAUGUACCAGAAGUGUUUUACUUUGCGCAAAAAGCAGUCUUGCAUCCGACCGCUCCGCUGUACGAUUCUCGCGAGCAUGUCAUGAAGCCGAGCUGCAUUGAAGCUCUGCGGCGUAUCUUCCGAUUAUGCGACCGAGAUAAGGACGGCAUUCUGAACGACGAAGAGAUCAACGAAUUUCAAACGAAAUGUUUCGGUGCACCAUUACAAAGACAGGAGCUGGAAAGUGUCAAAGAAGUGGUCAAAGAGAAUGAAGAGGAAGGGGUCGAGGAUAACGGAUUGACAGAGACCGGUUUCCUGUUCCUACAUACCCUGUUUGUCCAGCGCGGCCGCCUCGAGACCACGUGGACCGUUUUGCGAAGGUUCGGGUACGGUGAUGAUCUAUCGUUACGCGAAGAGUUCUUGUGCCCGCACUUUGAAGUGCCGCCAGGAUGUUCUGUCGAGCUCAGUAGUAACGGAUAUAAAUUCUUCAUCGACCUGUUCCAAGCAUUUGAUCAGGAUAAGGAUGGAGCCUUGAGGGAGGCAGAGCUAGCUGAGCUAUUCAGUACGGCGUCCGGGAACCCCUGGGAGGCCACCGGCUUCCCGGAAACGACCCUCACGGACGAAUCAGGCGCGGUAACUUUGCAAGGCUUCCUGGCGCAAUGGAGCAUGACAACGUUGUUGGACUACAAAACAACGCUGGCAUAUCUCGCCUACCUCGGCUACAACGGCGACACGACUACUGCUCUCAAAGUAACCAAGCCUCGCAAAGCAGAUCGGAGACGCGGCCGAGUACAACGCAAUGUGUUCCUAUGCUACGUGUUUGGAGCGACGGGGGCAGGGAAGACCUCGCUACUGCGGAGUCAUGUAAAUAAACCGUUUACGGAGCGGUACACGCCCACGACGCGGUCGUAUUCGGUGGUUAAUUCGGUGGAAAUCAAUGGCGUAGAGAAGUACCUUGUGAUGCAGGAGUUUGGACCAAAAUUCGAUUCGGAGGUGCUGCAGAAUAAGAAACGGCUUGAGGCCUGCGAUGUUCUGUGCUUUCUUUACGAUUCUGGCGACGUCAACUCCUUCGCUUACGUGGCUAGUCUUAGGAAUCGCUUUGAGAUCGAUAAUCUCCCAUGUGUAUUCGUUGCGACGAAAAGUGACACGGAUCUUGUCACACAGCGAUUUGAGGUCCAACCUGAUGCCUACUGCCGAGCCCUCCACCUGGCGGUUCCGAUAAGCGUCUCCAUAAAGGACAACGUGACGGCCGAGUUACUGAGUUUGCUCGUCGGCGUCGCGAUGGAUCCGUACGUAUCAGAUUUCACCAUCGUCUCUUUUGACGAUCUGCAUUUCGCCCCAGAUUUUCCAUUUUGAGAACAACGACUGAUGUUCUUUCCUCAUCCCCUCCUACCCACCUAUACAGUGGAGUCGCGAUACCCGGCACAUCGAGAGGCGGACGGGUUACCCUCAUGCGCGGCUUGACAUUCACGGCGGCAGCGGCGUUCGUUGGGAUAGCGGGGAUACUAGCGUAUCGCGUCAUGCAUGGGUCAGGGUUGACCAGGCAUCUUUAGCGAGCCGUAUGCCGUAUGCACACCUUCUAGCUUACUCCUGUACCGUAGUGCGAGUAGUAGAAUGACCAGCAGGCAGCAGGAUUUUAGUUUGACGGCUUGCAACAGAGCUUGGGACGAAUAAAUUGUUCAUCACUUUGGCCAGCAGCUUGGUAGUAAGAUAUGACGGCGACGCUAUGGUAAAUCGAACACAUAUAUCAGGGUUCAAGGGACCUGAGGCCUAACCCUGCAAAGGACGAACUUUACACCGUCG